GACGGGAGGUCCAGAGCUCUUACGGAUACUUCGUACCUAGGAUUACCUUUGGCUUCCAAUUAGAGGCAUGUUCAUGACAAGCUGGCCAACGUCAACUCCUGAUCUGCCGAACCCCCAAACUUUACGAUUACAAAAGUUACCUUCGACGCCUACCAGAUUGGCAAGUGACGCGCCCAGUUACGCCGUGGAAUAGGGCAGCUUUUUCGGUCCCUCCUGAUAAGGGAAUGAAGGAUCGAGCUGCUCUUCCUUUCCACCUCCGGCGACUUCCGCACUUCGCACUUCGCCUGCGAGCAUACGUCCGCGCAGCUCAUGGCCAGCCCCGACUUGCCGAUGGCCGAGGUCGCCCGAGCACUUGUUGACUUUUCUAUCAGCGACUCCUUCCCUGAGGAGGACGUCUCAUCGCUUCCGGUUGACGCCAGCUCUCUGCCGCCGGCCAUCAAAGCUCUCGCGGACGCCAAAGCGAAACUCCAGGCCCAGAUACACGCCAUCAACGAGGAGACGGCCGACGAUGUGAGAACAUGGCAAGCGAAUGCGCAAUCCGUGCAGGACGACAUCCUUCAAUCCAGGGCGCUCGCCAACGAGAUCUUGAAGGCGUCUGAAACCCCUGCCGUGUCUGGACAGGCAAUACGCGAUGCUGAGGCAAAAGCAGACUUGUUAAUCCGUGAACUUAACUACAACUCUCAGGUCCAGGAGGCCCUGAGGGGCAUCAGAACUGUAAACCGCACGCUGGAGGAAGUCGAGCAAGCCCGCGACGAGCGGCGCAUUCUGGAUGCUCUGCGCCUGCUUGAAAGAUCCUGGAAUGAGUUGGAUGCCAUACCGGUGAACAAGUCCUGCAGGGCUCUCAAACUCCUCGACAUACGGGCUUUUGAGCUCAAGUCGGGUGUGCAUGAGGUCCUUGACCAUGUUUGGAACGCGCUUAUAGACGUUGACAUCGAAAACAAGAAAGUCUCGAUCAGAACUAGUCGGGAAGACGAGCCGAUGACCCUCGAAGAUGCCGUGAUUGGCUUGAAGGCGUACAAAGAAGUCGAUCAGCGGAUGAGCCAACUCUGGCAGGGCAUCAAUGAGGCCACCCUUCUUCCGAGGAUGGAUAUUACCAAGGAUACAUUGCCUAGUAUUCAUAUACAAGACAACACCCUGGAAGUACGAGGCUCGUCAGACAAGUCGGUCAAAUCAUUGUUUGCCGAUCUCGAGCAGGUCUUUGGUUUCCUGAUUCGGAGAUUACCGCCAGACCUUGUCGAAACUAUUUCAUCUAGCCUCUUACCCGGAACAAUACACAAAAUCACGACUGUCUGGCUGGACUCCGCUGUGCCGUCAUCGCUUCAGGACAUGGAACAGUUCCAGGACAUCAUUGCGGCGGCCAGGAACUUCUGCAACACAUUGAAUGUUCUUGGAUUCUCAAAUCUCGGCGACCUGCAGGAGUGGACGGAGAGCGCCCCAAGAGUUUGGCUUUCGAAAUGCAGAGAAGCAGCACUAGAUUCCGUUCGAACAAGGCUAUCACAAGGUCUCGGCGCAUCUCGACGAGUAGAAAAGGUAGAGAAACAAGUGGUUUCGAGAUUGGAAAGCGAACAGCUAGCCGCCAAUGGUGCUAUCUCUUCCUCCGAUGACCACGGAUGGGACGCUUGGGAUGACGCAGAAGGAGCACCUGAAGCGGCGGGGGAUGAUGCGACAGAUAAACCUCCAGAAGGAGAUGAUGACGGUACCGACGCAUGGGGGUGGGGGGAUGAUGAAGCUGCCGCAGAAGAGCCAAAGGAGGAGCUUAGAGAUGCCAAGGAUGACGAGGACGAAGAUCCAACAGCAGCUUGGGGCUGGGGAGACGAGGCCAACGAAGCCCAAGUCGAAGUCCCUGGAAAUUCCCAACGGCCAGCUCCGAAAUCAGAGCCGCAGACCAGAGAAUUCAUAUUGAAGGAGAACUACAGCAUUACUUCAAUGCCGCAGCCCGUCCUGGACUUGAUAUAUUCGAUUGUGAAGGAUGGCAACGCCCUGACUCAAGACACGUACGCCAAUAGCCCCGUCGCUGCUGCAGCUGCAGGGCUUUUCAGUCUCCCAACGCUUGUUCUGGCCAUUUUCAGGGCCAUCUCACCGCAUUACUAUGCUCCAAGUAUCGGCGGGAACAUGUAUCUUUACAACGACGCCACCUACCUGUCGGAACGACUAGCGGAGUUUGCCGCAGAGUGGAAGCAUCGCGACGACAUCAGCACUCGGGCGCAAAACAUGCUGCGACUAGAAAACGACAUCAAGUCCCUGCAGACUUUCGCCAACCGCACCUACACCAACGAACUAGCCAUACAAAAGACUGUGCUUAGGGAUCUUCUCGGCGGCGAACAAAACCUGAUGCAACAAGACGACAGCGAGUCGUGCGUCUCAGCGUCUAUCAGCCGGGUCCGCUCGUUGGCAGUCGCGUGGGAGGACAUUCUGGCGCGCUCAGUGUGGCAGCAGGCCGCGGGCUCGCUGGUCGACGGCGUCGCGACCAAAAUAAUUGCCGACGUCAUGGACCUGCCCGCCAUCAGCCAGGACGAGGCCUACCGCAUCGCCAAGUUGAUCGCUUCGGUCGAGACCCUCGACGAGCUGUUCCUGCCCAGCCGGUGGCAGCAGUCGUCCCAGGGGACAACAACAGAAUCAGGAGCAAAGGAGAAAGGCGGGGAAGCGGGUGGGGAGGUGCCAACCACGGCGCAGUUCGCGCCGAAUUGGUUGCGCUUAAAAUACCUCAGCGAGGUCCUCCAGAGUAACCUCCGCGAUGUCAGGUACCUGUGGGUUGAGGGCGAGCUGAGCCUGUAUUUCACUGCGGACGAGGUCGUUGACUUGAUCAAUCUUAGUUUUGAGGAUAAUGUCCGGACGAGGGAGGUUGUGAGGGAGAUCAAGGCGAAUGUAAGGCCCCUUGGGGAGGAAGGGAGAGGGUAAAAGUGAGGGUGAAGUUGUUGUUGGGGGGUUGGGGGUGUAUGGAUGGAACAGGGGGUUCGGAUUGUGGUUACGUCGUGUUGUUUACUAUCAUCACUUGAAAGAAAUCAAGUGUCGGAAACCCUUAUACCUGCUUCUUUGCAAUGCUAGG